GAUAACAAAAGAAAGUACCCUACUUCUACCACGGCCAUGGCAUCCUCAGACACAGAGACAAACCAUACCCACGAAAUGCACCCCGGGUCCGAACCGCAAUCCUGCAGCGGCAGCAGUGGGCUGAACAUCAACGACUUUAUCAAGACCCACUACGGAGCCAUCAGCGGAAUGUCGAGCAACGGAGAAACAGCGCAGGAAGAUACUGUUACUCUGUCGCUGCUGGCUGCCAAUGCCAAGGACCAUGCCAGGGCCCUUGGCGUAGCCUGCAGCGAAACGGCCUCCCUCAACAGCGGGUACUUCAGCGAGAACGACAGCAAUAGCGGGGAUCGGAACAAACAGCAGUGGACCCUGCGAAGGCUGGCCCUCGAGCUUUCUCUGUGGCUCAACGUGUUCAUCACGCUCACGAAAGCCGUGGCCUAUUUCCAGACCUUGUCCCUAUCCGUUCUGGCUGCCCUGCUAGACUCUGUCCUGGACGUCGUCUCGCAGAUGGUGCUCAACUACACCGAGAAGCACUCGAGUUUGCAGCGGUCCUCGGCCCUCUAUCCUGCCGGAGCCUCCCGUUUGGAACCCAUCGGGGUGCUGACCUGCGCCUCGCUCAUGGGGAUGGCCUCCUUUGAGGUUUUGAAAGAAUCCUUUGAAACCCUCUACACCAAGGAUUCCUCCCUGCAGGAUCUGGAUUGGACCGAGGGGGUCCGCUCGGCGGCCAGCAUGGGGGCCAUCGUCGUUUUAAAGCUCCUUCUUUUGUGGCUCUGCAACUACUCCUCCCGUACGUCGUGCCGAAACCGACAGGGAGGGGGUGCCGCUACCUCAAAGAGCCUGCGAUACUCUGACCCGACCCUGGAGGCGGUAGCCCAGGAUCACUGGAACGACGCGCUGAGCAACGGUGUGUCGGCGGUCUGCCUGCUGCUGGCCCUGUACACGAGCGAUCUGUGGUGGUGCGACGGCGUCGGAGCCAUUCUGAUCUCCUUCUAUAUCAUCUACAGCUGGUACGAGACCGGAAAGGAACAGAUCGAGCACCUGACGGGGAAAUCCGCUCCGGACGACUUUUUGGAAGAGCUCACGACGCUGGCCCAGCAUUUUGAUGACCGGUUGCUCGUCGAUACCUGCCGGGCCUAUCACUUUGGACCGAAGUUCUUGGUCGAGCUCGAGGUCGUCAUGCCGAUGGAUACGCCUCUCAAGGAAAGCCACGACCUGGGCAUGGAACUUCAGUACGAGAUCGAGGCCCGGGGAGAGGUUGAGCGCUGCUUUGUCCACAUCGAUUACGAAUCGCGAGAGUACGACGAGCACGUCGUGUCGAAGGUACCCGAGCUCAGGGAACACCUGCUGCGGCACCGGUCCUCGCGGAACAACGCCAGGGGCACGGCCCUCCAGACCUCGGCCUCGAGCGUGUGAAUUUGGAAUUUGGUGCAAACACGGAAGGACGACAGAAAAGGACAGAACAAACAAAUUCCAUUCCAAAGGGGAAUGCCAAAGAAAAUAACAAUCACAAUAAUAAUAAUGCGAACAC